AUGCCCAACGGCAACCUCUCUCGCUGGAUAGGCCCAUGUGCGGCGGUGCAGCUGACUCUGCAGCAGCGCAUCGACGUUCUAAUCGGAGUAGCACAGGCAGUGCAGUACCUGCACCUCUUCCCCCUCGUGCAUGCGCACAUCCACCCCGCCAACGUGCUCCUCGACUCGUGCAUGCGCGCCAAGCUCACAGACUUCGGCCUCAUCCGAGACAGACACCCCUCCUCCGCCAUCAGUGACAGAGUCAGUGACAGCGGCACGAGGGACGACGGGGUGGGGAAUGGUGCCAAAGCUGGUGCUACGAGGGAUGGCAGGAGAGGGACUGGCGCAGGGGUUCAGGCGGGGAGGCAAGACGCGGAGAGGAGAGACGGUAGAGGGGCUGGGAAGGUGGAGGAGAGAGGGCACGGGGGCCGAGAACGGCAGGGUAGCAAUAAGGACAGUGGUGCCUGCGCUGGUGGUGGUGGCGGCAGCAGCGGCAGCGGCGGCGGCGGCGGCGGCGGCGGCGGUGGUGAUGUGUGCAGUGCAGGAGGGGACAUGGAUACAGCGUCACACGUAUCUGGGUACAUGGAUCCGGAGUUUCUUCACACGCACCAGCUAUUGCCUGCCGUUGACGUGUACAGCGUCGGUGUGCUCGCGCUCAUGCUGCUCACUGCACGCACUGCCACCACCGCCGCCACGCAUCAACACAGCGACAACCACCACCAAGGCGUUCACAUUCACGGAACUGGGGACGACAGACGUUUAGACAGACGCGUGAACGGACACGCAGACAGUCACACGGACCUUAAAUCCGAACACGCAGACGAGAGAGCCACUCUUAUACACUGGGUCGCAUCCCUCGUCCCCACCCAAAACCCCGCAACAUUCACAGACCCCUACCUUUUAUCCCCCUCCUCCUCCACCCCACCUCCCAACCCCCGCUCUCUCCUCCGACUAGCAACUCUCGCGCUCUCCUGCACGGCCCUCCCGUCGUCCUCGCGUCCCUCCGUAAACCGGCUCCUUCUCGAGCUGACGGAGAUCAGAGAGGAGCUGUUUGGAGCGGCGAGGAGUGCGACGCUAGAGCGGGUGGAUCGGGAGGUGGCAGACAUGCAAGGGGGGGACUUUCUCGCGGAGAUGGCCCGGGCUGAGUCCCUGGCGUCGGGAGCGAGUGUGAGUGGAGGGAUGAGCGGAGGGAUGAUGAGUGGAGGUGUGAGCGGGGGCACGGGGGCCUCGUGGGCUGUCACGAGUGUUAGUGGAGGGGCGGGGGUGAGUGGCGCGGUGAGUGGGGGGGUGAAUGGGGUGAGUCGGUGCGAGAGGUACGGAUGGGCAGCAGGAGGUGGUGUGCGGUGA